CCCAGGGUUGUGGCCACGCGCAGCGGCAGCGGUUGUUCCGCUUCCCCUCUGGCCCGGGCCGUCGCCAUUGCCGAAGGCUCCUGCCCUCCCCUCCCUGGCCCGCGGGGCUCUGCGCCUCACGUCCUCGGUAGCGACGGCCGCGCCCCGCGCCGCUCCCCUCCGCCCUGCCCUCCUUCCUCUCUGCCGCCCAGCUCAGCAGCCCUCGCCCGCGUCGGCCCGGCAGCCCGCCCUGGGUCGGGCAGAAACCUUUCCUCUCUGGCCAUUUCAUAAUUCUGAAUCAUGUCUGAUAACGGAGAGCUAGAAGACAAGCCUCCAGCACCUCCUGUGCGAAUGAGCAGUACCAUUUUUAGCACCGGAGGAAAAGAUCCUUUAUCAGCCAAUCACAGUUUGUUGAAACCUUUGCCUUCUGUUCCUGAGGAAAAAAAACCCAGGAACAAAAUCAUCUCCAUAUUCUCAGGCACAGAAAAAGGAAGUAAAAAGAAAGAAAAAGAACGGCCAGAGAUUUCUCCUCCAUCUGAUUUUGAGCACACCAUCCAUGUUGGCUUUGAUGCCGUUACUGGAGAGUUCACUGGCAUGCCUGAGCAGUGGGCACGGCUGUUGCAGACGUCCAACAUUACCAAACUAGAGCAGAAAAAGAACCCUCAAGCCGUGCUGGAUGUCCUGAAGUUCUACGACUCUAACACCGUGAAGCAGAAGUACCUGAGCUUUACUCCUCCUGAGAAAGAUGGCUUCCCUUCUGGAACACCAGCACUGAAUACAAAGGGAUCAGAAACAUCAGCAGUAGUAACAGAGGAAGAUGACGAUGAUGAAGAUGCUGCUCCUCCCGUCAUUGCCCCUCGGCCAGAUCAUACAAAAUCAAUUUAUACACGGUCUGUCAUCGACCCUAUUCCUGCUCCAGUUGGUGAUUCUAAUGUUGACAGUGGUGCCAAGUCUUCAGACAAGCAGAAAAAGAAAGCCAAGAUGACAGAUGAAGAGAUUAUGGAGAAAUUAAGAACUAUUGUGAGCAUAGGUGACCCUAAGAAAAAAUACACAAGAUAUGAAAAGAUUGGGCAAGGGGCUUCUGGAACAGUUUUUACUGCAACUGAUGUGGCUUUGGGGCAAGAGGUUGCUAUCAAGCAGAUUAAUUUACAGAAACAACCAAAGAAGGAAUUAAUCAUUAAUGAAAUUCUGGUGAUGAAAGAGUUAAAGAAUCCCAACAUAGUUAACUUCUUGGACAGUUACUUGGUAGGAGAUGAGUUGUUUGUGGUCAUGGAGUACCUUGCUGGGGGGUCACUCACUGAUGUUGUAACAGAAACGUGCAUGGAUGAAGCACAGAUUGCAGCUGUCUGCAGAGAGUGUUUACAGGCGUUGGAGUUUUUACAUGCCAAUCAAGUGAUCCACAGAGACAUCAAAAGUGACAACGUGCUUUUGGGAAUGGAAGGCUCGGUUAAACUUACUGACUUUGGCUUCUGUGCCCAGAUUACCCCUGAACAGAGCAAACGCAGCACUAUGGUUGGAACGCCGUAUUGGAUGGCACCAGAGGUGGUUACACGGAAAGCCUAUGGCCCCAAAGUUGACAUAUGGUCUCUGGGCAUCAUGGCUAUUGAGAUGGUUGAAGGAGAACCUCCAUACCUCAAUGAAAAUCCUUUACGGGCCUUAUACCUGAUAGCAACAAAUGGAACUCCUGAACUCCAGAAUCCAGAAAAACUUUCCCCAAUAUUUCGGGAUUUCUUAAAUCGGUGUUUGGAAAUGGAUGUGGAGAAAAGAGGUUCAGCCAAAGAACUGUUGCAGCAUCCCUUCCUGAAACUGGCCAAACCAUUAUCUAGCUUGACGCCACUGAUCCUGGCAGCUAAAGAAGCAAUGAAGAGUAACCGCUAACAUCAUCACUGAGGCCUCAUAUUCUCUUACCUGCUUUCUAAAAGAAGUCUUUUAAUACAUGAAAUUGUUACUCUGAGGGGUAUAAAGAGACAGUCUGCAUCACAUGGAGAAAAACAAAAAGCAAACUACUAUUUUCUAAAGAUGACCAAGAGAAAAUUGCAGUAAGAAAGUUGUGACUUUGAGAUGAGCCCCUGCUUUUAGGGUCCAAAAAGAACCAUGGACUGCAUCCCUAGCCUUACAUUUUCCAGCAGACAGCGUUUGACUUUUGCAUACUGUUUUGAUGACUCUUACUACAGUAGAUCCUUGCUCGUUGUCUCCCUUGGAGUAUUUUUCAUACUUGAAUGUCAAAUUCGAGUUUUUCUGAGUAUUUCAUCUGCUGGUCUUAUCUCUUUGUAGCCUUCCAUUCCUCAGACCCAUUUCUUUGUAACGUUCCCUUCUCUCAACCGUUCCCUUUGAGUUGUUUGAGUUUUUCUCGUGCCUAAAUUCAAGAUAAAUGUGAUAGAAAUUAUGUAGCUCUUUCUAUUGGCAAAGAAGCUUGGCAUGUUUUAACUUUUUAUAGAAGUUAGGACAGCUGUUGUAUUGUAGUAUUUCAGUUCAGAGCUUAAAGUGAAAGGGGGAAAGUUUGUGAUUUUUACCUUUUUUAACAAAUGUGAAAGAGUCAACUUUUAGAAAUUUCAUGGUAGUGAGUUUGACAUUUGUUACAUGUAUAGAAAGAGGACUAAUAAUCUAUAUUUAUAACUAAAUCAUUGAUAACAGAGAAAAAAUCCCACUGACACACAUGCUUACCCUUUUGUCUUUUCUGCCCAUUUCUCCUCAGAUUUGGCUUUAGGAACCAAAGUGAUUUGUGCGUUGUUACUGUGGUGGCGCUCCCAUCCCUGCUGUCCCUUGGAAAUGAGCGUCUGUGUAUGCUGUGGCUCUAGGUGUCGGUUUUUAUUUGACGUACCCCUUAUUUCACAUACACCCCCUCCACCCUCUAGGGCAAGUAAUAACCAUGAAUUUUCAGAAUUUAAAAGCUAAGGACUUUUUUCUAUUUAAAAGAAAAAAAAUAUUUGGGACUAGCAGAAACCAAGUGAGAUUUGAACCUUGGUGAGUUCUAGGCUAGUUGUAAUAAUGAAAUGUCAAUAAUUUAGAGGUGAAGCUUACGGCAGUAAACUCUAAAGAUUCAUCUGAUCUACAGUGUUUCCAGCCCAUUAUCAAUGUUUCACUGUGAGAAAUGAAAUAGCAAAGUACUUGAUGGGUCAUUUGAGGUGUUGGGUACUCUAGUUUUUGUUUUUUCAAAUGAGUAGGGUAUUCAUUGUUUAAAAAAAACUGGAGAAAGAAAACUGCAACGUGUGCAUUGAUAGUAAUACUUUUUAUUUUAAAGAUUUAAUAAAAGGUCUGCGACCUGUAGCGUUAGCUGUUAGCUGCCCUCUCUCCCCUCCUGUCUUUGCUCUUCUCUGCUUCUCCUUGUUGCUUUGUUGUUUUGCCUGUGGAGGAGGUAUUAUUGUCUAUUCUAUGUUCCUGCAACCACAGAAAAGAAAUCUCUGUGGUUGGUUCAGGUUUAUCCCCACCAUCCCCUUUCAACAAAUUCGACACAUGCUUGCCAUUCUGCAUAGUACAAAUCAUGAAUGAAUAAGUUUGCUCUCUGGGGUAUUUGGGGAAAGGGGUGGGAUUUUAUUUCCUGUUGUUCCCAUUAAGAUAUGGGGAUUAGAAGAAAUAGCUAGGUUUCGGUAACAGAAAGGUUUUCUGUGAAUUCAACAUACAGAGCACUUAAUGGCCCGUUCUCCGUGGGGUUUCAUUUUCCCCUAGACUGUAUUUGUCCUCCUACAAUUGUAACUAAAUCACAGAAACAAACUGGUUUAUUUCUGGUGGGAAGCUGAGCUGCCUCUUGAGUUCUGGAUGUGAGCAUUGUUUGUAAACAUCUGCUGUCGACAAAGUAGAAAACCAGCUAGAUGGUGGAACUGGUUGUCUCAUGACUGCUCAAGAAGGCACUCCAUCCUAAGUCAUAGAGACCACAUGGGACACAUGCCAAUCCCCACCUUACGCUGUGACUCCACAAGGGCUUUUUCCCUCAACAGAAGCAGUUUGGGGUUUGUCUCUACAAUUUCUUGGAUGGUUAUUUGCAUGUCCAUUGCUGGCGACGGACUUUGUCAUUCAAACCUGACUCCGAGGUUAAGGGAGCUGCACUGUUGUUUAUUCUCUCCUGACCUGGAUAAACUAACCUGUAAUAGUUAAUAGUAAUGGUUAAUUUUGAGAUGUGUCGUUUUUAAACAAAAUAAUCUUUAAAGCAAUAUAGAAUUGUGAUUUAUUAGUUAAUUUUAAAUUAAAAUGUUGAGAUCCUGUUGAAAGACAAUUGUAUGAAGUGAGAUUCCUAUUUUUUUAAAUAAUUGCCUUCUGUAUUCCUUCUCUUUUGUCAUCUCUUAGAGUAAGAAUCCCCACUGGAGCCUCCAUUAGUAGUCCUCCAGUGUCAUUAGGAGCUGUUGCCUUAUUGCUUAUAUUUAUCACCUUUACAGGCUUGGUGGUGGCUCCAAAGGUAUCUUCUCAUGUUCUUCUGCUACGUUUACAGAGCACCUUCUGCCUAGAACAGUGAAAAGUAGCGUGACUGCAGCAUACUACACCAUGACUGGCACAGCUCUGCCUUCAUGCGUUGAGUUCUUGGAACAAAGUAGGAAUCGUGUAUCACAUAAAAUAUUAAGCUGCUUGAAAUGUACCUAGUGACAUGCUGUGCCUCCACAGGCAGCUUUAAGCUCCCUAGAAGUAUUUCCUUAUGGGCUCAUGUGUAUACACUGUGUUCUUGCCAGAUGCUUUCAGACCUUAUCAGACCGUGGUCAGAAUUAAGAGGGCAGGCAUUUAAACAGUCUGCACCUGGUUUUGAAUAUGAAAAUGUUACCAUCCUGAGCUCUGUAAUCAGUAAAUUGUCAAAAUGUUACAGGGCCAUGGAGAGCAGUGAGUGAGGGCAUUUUCUGCUGAGCCUAGCCACAAGAGCCUGAUCCCUAGGACCAACAUGGUGGAAGGAGAAAACUGAUUCCUGCAAGUUGUCUUCUGACCUCCAUGUGCACUCCGGCAUACACACACAGUCUCAGAAUUGUUUUCUCUUUAUUUUUUGAGACAGGGUCUCACUAUAUAGGCCUGGCUAGUUUAGAACUCAUAUAGAUGAGGCUGGCCUGGAACUCACGGGGGGGGAUCCCCCUGCCUCUGCCUCUCAAAUAUUAAAGGGAUUAAAGGUGUGCACCACCAUGUCCUGCAUUUAAACUUUUUCUAAGGUAGUUUCAGACUGUGGUUAAUGGGACUAGAGGUGUAGCUCAGUGGUGAAUCACUUGCUUAUUAUGCCCAAAUCCCCUAGCUUGAUCCCUAACUCCGCUAAAGAUAGGAAGGAUCUAGCCACUAUUUGAAAGUAAUAUACCAUUUAAAAAUACCAAAUUUAAAAAUACUGCUAAAAUCUAGUUAAAUAUUUCUUUUUGGUUUUUCUAACAGGAUUUCAUAGCACCAUACAAAGCAGAUUGGUCUUUCUGUCAGUGCUGUUCCUAUAAUAGAUAUUUAAAUGGUUUUUCUACAGCAUGUAUGUAGGACAAUUUCUUACUUUUCCCCUCCUUUCAGUACGUUCAUUGACCACUCUGGCAAAGUGGCUGUGUUAGAUGAUACUAGAGUGAGGGAGCAGGUUCAAGCACUGGCCUGGCCUUGAAAGAACUCAAGGCUUUCUUAGUCACUGCUCUAUGCUACCCAAAGAGCAGAAGAAAAUAUGGUAACCUUGUCAAGUAUGCUCAUUCUGUGUCAAGAAAAACAAACAAAAAUAAAUAAAUAAAGUGACUACUUUCCAACAAAAUAUUCUGAAUUCCAACCAAUUUGUUUUUCUUGUUUUGGUAGGUUAGACGUUGGGUAAAAGUAGCCUAUUUCUGUUUGUUCUCAAAUUUUAUAUUGCUUUCUAUUUUUAAUUUAAUCCAACAUAACUAACUGUACUUUGCUAUUAACUACUGUAUUUGAUGACUGAAUUGUUUUGUUCUUUCAGGGCUAGAAAUAAACGUUAAUGUCCAUUUUCUUUUCUUAAA